AUGGCUCCGUUCUUACCUACAGAUUGUUUAUCUCAAAUAUUUCGAAAUCUUGAAACAGAUCAAGAAUCGUUAUAUUCAUGCAUAUUAGUGAACCGAUUAUGGUGCGCGACCUCGAUUGAAUUUCUAUGGAGUAGGCCAUUUCGUUUCCUAUACACAUGUCCAAAUCCUAGUGCUUGUAAAAAUGAUUCGAGAAUUGAAAGAUCUUCAAAGCUAAUCCAAGUCUAUCUAAGUUGUCUCAACGAAAAGGAAAAGUUUCAAUUAAAGGAAAAUAAAGUUUAUUUACCUUUAUCCGUACAACAAAGCCCUUUAUUCGAUUAUGCUGGAUUCAUAAGAUAUUUGGACCUUGAUGAAUUUUAUACCGCCAUAAAGGAUUGGAUCGAAUUCGCUAACGUCGUCAGUAAAGAGGAGGAGAAUCGAGAAGCGGAGUUGCGAAAAAAAUCAAAAAAAUCAAAUAAGAAAUUAAAUUUAUCAACCGUGGUUAAAUUCUUUAGCAAAUCCAUGGGACAUCAUAAUAAACGAAAGUCCGAAAGUGAUAAGGAGAGUGUAAAUAGCGUUAGCACCGGUCAUAGUAGCGUAAGAAGUGUAGGAGGAAAUACCCCCCCACCCAGUCCAAUCAUCCCUCAUCCACGUGAAAGGUUAAUCACGGAAUCAUUAUGUGGUUUAUUUAUGAGGAGAAGUGUGACUUUGAAACAAUUAUCUAUCGAUAAAACUCAUUCAACAAGAUCAAAGUCAGAGCCUAGAUGUAUUAGCUUAUCACCAUGGAUGGAUAAAUAUCGUAUUCAACGUUUCAUACCCGAUCAAUACCUUUCUUUGCCAACGUACCCAGGUGCCAAUAAUUGUUUAUCACAUUUAAACGAAUUCAUCUUUACCACGCGACAAUCGAAGACAAAGUUAUUCGACUCACUUUGUAAAAUUUCUCACAAUAUGCACACAAUCGUGGUUACGAUGGAUCAUCAUUAUAAUGGAUGGUGUGGAACUCGUUCGCGACGAGAUGUUGUUGAACUUGAGGAUGAAGCGAAGAGUUUGGCAAAUUUGAUCAAGGCGCAGCAAUCUUUACAAACUUUCGAAUUACAUCAAUGUGAAUUUGGAUCAAAGGUCAUCAUUCAAUCAUUACAAACUCAAUCUAAAUCUUUAAAAUCGUUAUGUUUUGAUGAGGUUAGUUUUUGGGGAUGGGACCCAUUAACUCCAUUAGAAGAAUGCACUCAAUUACAAAAUCUAGUAUUUAGAGGUUGUCAUGGACUUACUUCUGAAUUAUUGGAACCUUUGAUAAGUACGAAAUUUGACAAACUUUUAUCACUACUUAUGGAUGCCUCAUCAGCUCCCGCGCACAUCCUUGACGCGAUUAUUAAAAAUUCAGGUCAUCGUAUUCAAACGUUGAACUUGGGAAUGUUUAAACCAAAUCCAACCGUGCACCUUAUUGAAACGGUGGCAACGUAUUGUCCAAAUUUAACAACCUUUUGUACUUACGUCGAUAACGAUGAGACCAAUCAUUUAGUCGCAUUAUUUACACUUUGUACAAAACUUUCUUCUGUUACGUUAACCGGACAGCGUAAUUCAGAAACCAAUGUUGAUAAGAUGUUUCUUCAACUCGCUCGACAAGAUUUAUCAAAUCUGAAGGAACUUAAUAUAUUAGGGCCGUGGUCGUUUUCACCCGAAGCACUAGAUAAAUUCUUGACCUUCUCCAAAGCUCCCAUACGUACUUUACGUAUUGAUAAUUGUCGAUGCUUCACCGAUCAUCAUUUAGAUGUCAUCAUUCGUUGCUUAAAAAACACCUUAGAAGCACUACGAUUGAACAUAAGAAAUCGUCUAAACGAAGAUUCAAUUAUUCGUGCAAAAGAACUUGUUGAUCUGGAAAUUGAAAAAUUGGAAUAUGUACAUAGGGUAAGCAAUGAUGAUAAUAAUAAUCAUGGCGGUAUUGGUGGUAGUUUUAAGCCCAAAUUUUGCAAAAUGUUUUUGACGGAAAGAAGAUUGAAAAGAUGA